GCUACUUGGGCGGAGUGAUUUGCUCGCAGCACCUGAGAAGCCCUGUGGUGAGGAGCAGAGAGUAACAACGGUGAUUUUCAGGUACUAAUCACUCCGCCCAAGUAGCUGAUGUAGCAUUAGCAGCAGUCUCAGUAAGUCGGCGUGUUCCAUUAAAAGUACCAAGUUCGGUACCCAACCUUGCUAAGUAUACAGUACAUUUUGUAUACUUACCAAUACCUGGUGGGGAAAGUAACUGACUACAAAACCGAACAUUGGGUGACUUUUCAGUAAAAAAAAAAACAUCUGUCAUAGUAGCCACUUUUAAUGAAAUCAUCAGUCACCCUUUAUGAUGUCUGGGAUCAUGAUGCCAUCCUAAUCAUUUUUUACCAGUAUCAAGAGUUUCAUUACAACUGCCAAAAGUUGGUGCACAUGCAAGUUUCAGAAGGAGGCUGAAGGACACCGCUGUGCCGACUAUUUUCAACUUUCCGCCACAUUUGAGGAAAAAGGAGCCCCCUCCCAGGCCCACGCUGAACCGCUCUACUGGGGGGGUAAACGACCCUUUGGUUUCUCCUGCUGAUCAUUACAUUGUCGUUGUGAAGCAAGAGACUGUCGAGGAGGCCGAUGUCGUUGUGAAGCAAGAGACUGCUGAGGAGACCAAUUUCGUUGAAUAUGGCGACAUUGUUAGGGUCACAGUCGGUGAGGUCAUCACUGAUGACAUGAGUGAGUACACCACAAGCGGAGAUUUAAAAACCGUUAUGCAUGAUCAUAUAUACUUUGGCCAAGAAGAGGAGGACAUCUCUUUGAGCUCUGAGCACAUCUACGUUUCUGAUCCUCCCACGACACUCGGACAUAAAGCAAAUGUAGCACACGACCAACCCGCUGUAGCCGUUUCUGAGGCUCCCACGACACUCGCAAGUCAAGCAAAUGUAUUACGUGGUCAGCUAGUUUUAGCUGUCUCUGAGCCCCAUACAACACUCCCAAGUCAAGAAAAUGUAUUCCAUGGUCAGCUUGUUUUAGCGGUUUCUGAGUCCCCCACAUCGCUCACAAGUCAAGCAAACGCGGCACACGAUCAGCCUGUUGUAGCGGUUUCCGAGUCUCCCACAACACUCGCACAUAAAGCAAGUGCAGAACACGAUCACCUUUCAUUAGCCCUCUCCGAUUCUCCCGCGAAACUCAAACAUCAAGUAAGGGUCCUACACGAGAAGCUUGUCUUAGCCCGCAAAAAGUUUAAGCUGAAGUGUCAGCAGACGAGGAGGAUGCAAUCAAAACUCGUGUCCUUGAAAGAGGAGACAAAGGCUCUAAAGACAAAGUUGGACGACGCUGAAAAGCAGAUGGCCGCGCUAUCGCAGAAGUCCAUCAACAACGGAGGUAAACGCAGGAAAGCAAAAGCAAUCCCAAAAGAAGCAAAGCAUCCACUUAAGCAGCAACUGCUUCCUACUGCCCUGAUCGAAAUCGCUUUCCCUGCGCCGCCUUCCCCCGUGCCAACUUCCACACAACAGGACUUAAAGUGAUCUUGAUGAACAAAAUGAACAACAACAUGAUGGGGAUCGUUGGACUGUCAGCAGGAAGCGCACAGAGAUCAGGCUGGGGUAAAGGACCAGUCAGACAAACGGUAGCAGAGUCAGUUUGCGACUAUGAGGGAGACACGGUUAUUGCCGCUGAUUUCAAAGAGAUCAGGUAUUAAGAGGGAAAGUCCAUGAAGUAAAGCUAACAAAAGUGUCAAAAGAAAACCGUGUCCUUCCUCUGUCUCAUUAAAGGGACUGAGUUUAGUUUUGAAGUGGAAUUUAUUUCCCAGAUUUGAAACCGUUGUAAUGUCUGUCACAAUUUUUCUGAAGAACACAGAAAGCAUUGGGCAGCCGACUUUCAUUCAUCAGCAGAUUUUUCGUUUAAUGUAGAAGUUUAGACCACAAGUUGCAGACGAUGGAUCGUUUUUUAUUGCGUUUUGUUAAUUUGUUUAUUGUUCAGAAGCAGCUUUAUGUUGACACAUAUGCUCAAUGUUAGGAUUGGGCAUCGAGAAACAAUUCCUACUUGGAAUCGUUUCAAAAAUUACGAUUCCAGUGGCAUCGUUUCUUUAUUGGAAUC